CCUCACUCUCCCUCUUCCUCUCCCCUGCCUUCCACCUUUCUUUAACGAAUCCAAUCCGCCAAGAUUUACACAUUCGACGUUCCUUUUCUUUCUCUGUUUCUUUGGAGCACUGAACUUUAGAUCACACACAACCAUCAAUUCAAUUCAGACACUAACAAUCCAUGCGAUGGCUGAACCUUCUCCAAGCAAGAACCUCUCUACUUCUUCCUGUGGAGCGUCCGUAAGCCGGCCAGCCAAUCCACACUUGAGAAAUUCCGAAUCAGCUGAUCCUAAGAGGAGAAGCUUCGUGGGUAGCCCGUUUCCUCGACCUUCCAUCAACACCGGUCGGAGAGGCAGUGCCGUCGGCUGCGGCGGAGGCUUUCACCCAAACACCCCCGCUAAUUCUCCUUCAGACUAUUGUCAGAGAAAGAGUUCCAUAGGGAAAGAGAACGUGAGCAUGACUUCUCUCCACAAUCAAAAGAAGGAGAAGGACGAACACCAGAUCAGAAAAUCUGGGAAAGUUCAGUCACCGGCUGCCACAACAAAAGGCAGUAAGAAGCAUUUCAUGUCUCCAACAAUAUCAGCAGCUUCAAAAGCUUUUGCAGUAUCCUCCAGGAAAAGGGUAUUGGUUGAGCCCAUUCGGACUUCCAUUUCAUUUUCGGGUGGAAAGCUACCUUGUGUGGAAGGCUCUGUUACAAACCCCAAAAAGGGGCUGAAUUAUAAGAAGGAAGUUUCAUUCGAUUCAUAUGUGACUUACCUGGGCGAGGAAACAGAGGAAGCCGUCCAGAGUGAAGAUGAUUUGGACACAAAGGUGGACAGUUCUACAACCGAUGAAUAUGGCAUGGCUUCUUUACUAGAGACUGAGAUCGAAGAGAAGGAUCUUGUUAACUUGGAUCCAAGUUUCAGAAUCAGCACCCGACCUGGAGAUCCAGGUUCAAUUUCUUAUUUGGCGUCCAGUGAUGUGCCGCCAUUGUCACCACUUGAUGCGGAUCCAUAUAUAGCUCCUUACGACCCUAAAACUAAUUACCUCUCACCACGCCCUCAAUUUCUUCGAUACAAGCAUAACCCUCUUGUCGAGCUCUAUUUUCAGAAGGGAAGGAGUGGGGAUCUUAUGGAUAGAUUUUCUACUGAAUUUCUUUCAGAUGCAGAGGUAACUGAAGAUGGAGUUUCUUCUGAUGGGUUCCAUGUAAAAACGGAUGACUUGACUUCACAUGUUGCUUCUGAUGAUGGAUCAUAUAAAAAGGAAGAGGAGGACAUAGAAGUGUUUGAAGCAGAUCAUACUAGUGCAUCAGAGGCCGACGGUGAACAUGUCCAAGUUAAGAAAACGGUUGAGCGGCAUAUCGUAACAAGAAGCAAGAUCAUUCCUAUCCUUUUUAUCUUGGCCACUGUCGGUCUGUACCUCUCAUUUUACAGCUCGCCAGUCAUGGAACCCUCAGUCCUCAACAACUUGAACUUCCCUGAGCUGUAUGUACCACCUCAACUCUCAAAUUUUGCCAGAGAGAGUUUUGAGCAAGUUACACAAAAAAUUCAGCCACUUCUGCAUCGUUAUGUAUCCUACUUGCACAAGCUGAUCCUAGGCUUCAACCAGCGGAAUAAUAUGGUAGGAUUGGAGUAUGCUAAUCUGACUUCUUUGCUGGAAGACAACUUAGUUGAUGAAGCAAGUGUGUUCUUCUCCAAAAGUGCCUUGGAAAUGACACCCACGUGUGAAACUGGUUUGGCAUGGCCCGUGACUGGUGGAGACGUAAAUCUGGUGUCAAUGAUGAAGAGGAGUCACCUUAUUGAAGCUACUGAUGAAGUUGUCCAGGGGGAUGUCCUUUGCCAAGAAUGUGAAGACCAAGAACCGAUUGAGGCGCGUGACCUUGAUCUUUCUAUGGAUGACACUUCUAAUGAAGCUGAAGAUAAGAAUAUGGCUGAAGUACUUGUUGAUAAGUCAUCUCUGGAGGCUGCACUAGUUGUGGAAGGACAAGACAUCUCUGAACAUCUAGUACCAGAAACCCUUACUCAGGUUGAGGGUAUUUCAGGUGAUAGCUGCUCAGCAACAUUGGGAGUACCAGAAGCCAAUAUGAACAUGCUGGCGGGCACCUGUGAGAUGCAAAGUAUCAUAGGACACCAAGAAAGGACUGAAGUUUCACCAGAGGUGACUCUUGAUGCCAAAGAACGUGAAAGUAAAAUCGAUGUGACUCCUUCAACAAUUCAAGAUCAGCCUAUUACGGAGACAAGAGAAAUGGCUUCAGCACAUGCUGUGGCAGGAAUUGCUAUGCUUGCUCUUGUCACUGGUCUCCUUGCAACCAUAGCUCUGUUUUAUAGAAGAACCCCAAGGGCCUUGCCUACAACUGAUGCUGCAUUAGCAUCCCAGAAGACCACACGAAUUAUAGAAGAGAUAGCCAGCCCAAUCCCUGCUCCCAUAGAGCAGAAUUCUCAACCUCCGAUUCUUUCAAGCAAUUCGCUCACAGAAGUUGAGUGCACCGGUGACGACACGUGCACAUCAGCGAUGAGCACUUCUCAACCCGCUGUAUCUUCUCACCGAAAAGAGCUGAACGGAACAAGUCAAGAAGCUUGUAACAAUGACAGGAGAGGUCAGAGGAACUAUAGCAGAAGAGAAUCGUCUGCUUCAUCAGGAGGCGGUUACUUAACGGAGUCAAAGUCUUAUGGAAGUUUCACUACUUAUGAGAAAUUUCCUGCCAAGCAAAAUGUGGGUGGAGAAGAACAGGCAUUGAUAACUCCAGUCAGGCGCUCCAGCAGACUGAGGAGCAAAGUUGGUUCCCCGGAACAAGCGACAUGACGAUGAACUAAGAGGAGGUCACAAGUCACUGAGAGAAUGACCGCUCACUGUCCUAUUCCCUUGUAUUUAAGAUGACAAUAGAGCCAGUACUAGUGCUUUUGUAGGCCUAAGUAACAUACUUUGAUUGUUAGCUUCAUUCUAGUGGUUUGAAUUUGCUUGCACUUGUCUUAGAUGUAUCAUCUCUACUCCAUUGCUCCUUGUAAAUGUAGGAGUUUCAUUCUUACUAAAUGGUCUGCUCACUU